CCGCCCCUGUUUGGCCCCAGGCUGAGGACCCCGCUGCGCGGCCCCAGGCCCCAGCUCCCGGCUAUGGCCGCGGCCACCAUUGUGCACGACACGUCGGAGGCGGUGGAGCUGUGCCCCCUGUACGGCCUGUACCUGAAGCCCAUCACCAAGAUGACCAUCAGCGUGGCACUGCCGCAGCUGAAGCAGCCGGGCAAGUCCAUCUCCAACUGGGAGGUGAUGGAGCGGCUCAAGGGCAUGGUGCGCAGCCACCAGUUCUCGGCGCUGCGCAUCUCCAAGAGCACCAUGGACUUCAUCCGCUUCGAGGGCGAGGUGGAGAACCGCGGCCUGGUCAAGGCCUUCCUGGCCUGCCUGGACGGCAAGACCAUCAAGCUGAGCGGCUUCUCCGACAUCCUCAAGGUGCGCGCCGCCGAGUUCAAGAUCGACUUCCCCACGCGCCACGACUGGGACUCCUUCUUCCGCGACGCCAAGGACAUGAACGAGACGCUGCCGGGCGAGCGGCCCGACACCAUCCACCUGGAGGGCCUGCCCUGCAAGUGGUUCGCGCUCAAGGACUCAGGCUCCGAGAAGCCCAGCGAGGAGGUGCUGGUGCGCGUGUUCGAGAAGUUCGGGGCGAUCCGCAGCGUGGACAUCCCCAUGCUGGACCCCUACCGCGAGGAGAUGACCGGCCGCACCUUCCACACCUUCAGCUUCGGGGGCCACCUGAACUUCGAGGCCUACGUGCAGUACCGCGAGUACGUGGGCUUCAUCCAGGCCAUGAGCGCCCUGCGCGGCAUGAAGCUCAUGUACAAGGGCGAGGACGGCAAGGCCGUGGCCUGCAACAUCAAGGGUGCCUGUGACGUUCUUACCACCUUCCUGGGUUCUGGACUCACGCGGACGCCCCAGUGCACGUGA